UAAACGUCCUGAGUAAUGAGUGGCUUGGGCCGGAGCAGGCGAGGUGGCCGGACCCGGGCGGGCCAGGAGUGGUCUCCACAGGGCCUGCGGACGGGGGUGGCCAUGGGUCAGUGCCCCGAAGAGCAGUACUGGGAUCCCCUACUGAACAUCUGCCUCUCCUGCAAACUCAUCUGCAGCCAUCAGAUUCCACGUACCUGUGCAGCAUUCUGCAAGUCCCUCAGCUGCCACAAGGAGCAAGGCAGGUACUACGACCGGCUGCUGCGGGACUGCAUCAGCUGCGCCUCCAUCUGCGGCCGGCACCCCAAGCAGUGCACGUACUUCUGUGAGAACAAGUCGCGGACCCACUCGAACCUUCCGCUGGAGCUCGGGACCCCGGGGGCCGGGGAAGCCGAAGUCAGGCCAGACGACCUGGGAAGGUACCAGGGAACAGAGCACAGGGGCUCGGAGGCCGUUCCAGGGCUGAAGCUGAGCGCCGACCAGCUGGCCCUGGUCUACAGCACGCUGGGGCUGUGCCUCUGCGCCAUCAUCUGCUGCUUCCUCCUGGCCGUCGCCUGCUUCCUGAAGAGGAGAGGGGACCAGCUCUCCUGCCAGCCCUUGCCGGCCCCUAGUCAGACCCAGGCCAAGUCCUCCAAGGAUCACUGGAUGGAAGCUGGAAGGGCAGUGGGCGCAUUGCCGGAGCCGGUGGAGACGUGCAGCUUCUGCUUCCCAGAGCGCAGGCAGCCCACCCAGGAGAGUGUGGGCGAGCCCGGGACCCCCGGGGCUGCGCGCUCUGGGAGGUGGGGGCGCCUUGGCAGGACCGCCACUGGACACCCCUGCACACGUGCCCUGGAAGGCGGCCUUGAGGUCCUGUGCGCUCCUGCCGAGGAGGGGGGCCCGGCUUCAUAAAACGGGGGAAGGUCGCCAUCACCUACUCACCUGCAGUGAAGUCAUACACACCUGCGGACACGGCCCCCAAGAGCCGCUCUUUAGAAAUAAAACCUUCCCCGGCUGCCCACUCCUCCCUGUCACUGGUUUUCGUCGUGUCCACUCUGUGAUGACUCCGGACGUCCCACGCCUCCCGCUGUCCCCUGGGGCUCAAGGCUCAAGCACAGCGCCGCCGCCUGGUUUCUGAGGACCCGCAAGCUAACGGCCCCACCAGGCUCACGACCGCGCUCCUGGACCUGUGCUGGGUGGGAAGAAGGGGGUUUUUGCUGGGACUGUGUUUCGUGCUUUCAUUCAAGAGGGAAAGCCAGACAGAGGGGAAAGCUGAAGAAUGGCCUGAAGACCAUUCUCCGCCUGAAGAGGGCCUGUCUCUGUUCUUUGCCUUCUUGGUGCUGGCCAACCUGGGGGGCGUCGGGCGCGGUCUGCUGUCCCGUCCCAUCUGUCAGGCGGGCCCUGUUCCUGGGCUGGGAGAAUCCCGGUGGUCCUUCCCCUGGCCCCCCGGAGUGGAACCCCUCUCGGGGACCCAGCCACAGGAGAGGGCGCGCUCCUUCCUGCCCCGCAGCGGGUUUUCACCUGGAUCCCGAGUGUGCCGCUCUUUGCUCAGCUUCGGUUUGUUAGGAAGAAGAGCCUGGGCGGGGCAGCGGGCCUGCACCUCACAUGCGGGGAGGGGCUCCUCUGGUCUCCUGCUCGGUGCCUGGAAUGUUGGAUGAGGUCCAGCGCAAGUCCGUGGACAAGAUCCUGUGAGUGGGUGUCCACUCCCGUGCUGCAGUUUCCAGAAAGUCUGUACUCCCGUGCUAACCCAGACUCAGCCUUCGGCAGCUCUUUACCCCACUGCAAGGACUCGACUCUCUUGCCCAUUCCCAUAGUGGCUCUGCCUUCUUCCCUGUGGCGGCCUGUCACGUCCCCGCUGUCCUCAGAGGCACCAGCUUGCCUUACACCUCAGGCUACUUGGCUGCCCUGUGGCUGCAGCUCGCAGAUGGGCUCAGAGAAGACAUUUGGGGUGGGAGGUUAUCCAGCUUGACUAUCACUUAGGAAGGAGUGGUCCUCUCUCUGGCUCUCUACUUCCUAGGUGCCACCGGAAGCCAGGGCGAUCUUUUAAAAAUAUCACUUCCCUCUUGAAAGUCUUUUCAUGGCUUAAGCCCCUCCAGUGGGUUCUCAACAUAGAAUCAAAGCUCAGCCUCUUACAAGGGCAUUCAGCGGCAUGUGCUCUGGCCCCCGGGCUCCUCUCAAACCCCGCUCCCCUCACACUCAUGACACCCACCAGCCUUCAGCCCCACUUGCCCUCGUCCUCAGAGAGAUUUUUCCCUUUCUCAGGCCUGCCCUGAGGCCUUGGGCUUUGCCGUUCCCUCUCCCAGGAAUGCCCUUCCCUGCAUCUUCACUCGGGUUGGAGGGGGUGCUCUUAUCGUGUAAGCCUCAGCUCAAGUGCCCUUUCCCCCCCCCAGUUUCCUUUCUCCCUGAUUUCCCAAAUUUCAAAAAUCUCCCAGAUAGGACUCGGGAACAGAGGAGACAUGGGAAGGAGGGCGAGAGACCCUCUGAUAUUUUACUGGGGCUUCUGGGCCGGCGACUCUCAGCCUUAGCUGCACAUUAGAAUCCCUG